AUGAGUGCUUGGGACGCGACCGCACGUUUGCCGAUCACAGGUGUUCUCCGCAACAUCUUCACGAAAAAAGCCAGCCGGAGAUCAAAUCCAACUGCGGGCUACGUGGACGAACAACUGUGUGUAAUGCGAAAGACUAAUGGCAAUGGAUUGUCUUUAGAUGAAUUGAUCAAACGCCUGUCUCCUUUCCUCCAACGAAAUGCUCCAAUCGAUAUCCUUGACCUAUGGCCGGGCUGUGGAGUAUGGUCAUCCAAGAUGAAUGACUUCCUUCGUCCCCGCCGCCAUGUCCUGAUUGAACCAAAUGUGCCACUUUACGGAUCAUUUCUCAAGAAAUUGGCGAAAACCAACCCGUGCUAUAAGGUGGCGUCUGGCGAAAUAUACGGGACUGAUUGGCCAUCAGUCUUUGAAAGAUAUUUACCAGAACAGAUCCGACAUAUGGAUUUGACGCCCGGAACUUUGCCGAAAAAUGAUACUCUUCUGAUUCUUGCGAACCCACCAACAUCAGAUUCAAAGUCAACUCAUUAUACCCCAGCGCGGUGGUGGGCCUCGACAAUGGAAGACUGCAUGACACAAAGCGGCCUUCAUGCCUAUGGCAGUGUGCGUAUCUUGGCUGGGAUUUCGGCCCUGGAAGCACAAGUUGUGCUUCCCCGCAGCGUUCACGAUCGCCGGCGACCAGCCAUAUUAACGGAAAACGUGGCAUUGCAUACCUUUGAGGUUGCCAGUGGGUGUGAAGCAGAACCAUGGCAUACACUAAAGACUUGGGAUUCGAUUCAUCGCAAUUAUAAGCGAGUCGCAGAGAGAACUGCCGCGCAAAACAUAAUUAAUCUCCCCGAACGUGAGAUCAUUCCUCUGAAACUGGCGCCUGAAGUCCCACCCAGCGAACGCAAAAUCGAAACAUUGCCUUAUAGACCCCGUGCUGAAACAGCAGGCCACCGUCGAUCUGAGAAACUCAUUCGAAGAGGCCAACAGGUAUCCACGGGAAAAGAUCUAGGGCGUAAGGAGAUCUCGGAGAUUAAGGCCGAGGCACGCAAAGCUCGAGCGGCCUUGAACUUUGACAAUCAAUGUGUUACUGCUCGAGAGGAGAUUAGCAAUGCUAAAGCUGCUAUUGAUGAACGCAUGCGAGCUCUGUCGCGCGCAGCGGCGGACCCUCAAAAGACUGCUGAUGAAUUGAUGAAGCUCAACGAAGAGAUCGAGGCAGCUAUAAGCGCGGUGACUAAGAAAAUCGCGGACACUCACUUCCGCCAUUAUCGCGGUUGGGAGCGGAACUUGGACGACGCUCGCAUCGAAGCAUGGUCGAACCAUUUGGAUGACUCGGUCCUACUAUGGGACCGGCGGCCAUUUGAACCAAUCCGGACUCAUGAUGAUGAGAUUUUUCCUCGUUAUCAUCAAAAUUUGAUUUAUUUCGAAGCGGAUGAAAAUGCCAUCUCCGCGCAAUCUCUCGGCAAGGUCCCUCCCGAAGAUCGUGAAUCAUUGAGUGCGCUUUUCGAAGCCCUCACCCUCAGCUUCAGUAGUGGCAACCACAUAAGCAUUGCUGAACUGGCCGAACGCCUUUUCCCGGGUCGGGCGAGCAACGAGGUCGUUCAAUCAAUUCCCAGUCUUGCUUACUAUGUGGGGAAACGAGUCAAGCCGGGCUGUGGACCUAUUCCUUUGGCCGAUGGUUCGUUGGAUGCAAACAAGUGCUUUCAGGAAAACAUUGAUUAUCAUCUCAGUGAGGUUCGAGUGAUAUGCCUCCCACCCCAGGUGCUCUGGGAUAUUCUUUUAGAAUAUCACAAGCACGCCAUUGAUUACUCGCCGCUCCAGUUUAACCGGCUUCUGGGGGGUACUCUGACUUCUUACCGGACCGGGGACUACCGCAUGGACAGUUUAGCCAAGCGAUUGCGCUAG